AUGAGAGUAAAGGGACAUAGAGACAUUGAUGGAUUGAUACAAAUGUGCGAUUGUUACCGGUCUGUUGAGUAUAGUGCAACGCUGAGAGUGUGUAGCCUAUUAAGGCUGUUUGCACAAUGGCACCUGGUGCCUCUAAGAACCGUGUCUUCGUCUUUUUCAGGGGUGAUCACGUGCGCAAUAUUUGCGCGUCGGAUAUCGCAGUUACUGGAUUACCGCAAACUCAACCGUAUUAUUUAAAAUAACACGAUGUAGUAGCUUCCACCUGACCUGGUGAAAACAUGCUAUACGACCAGUUUUGUGAAAUAUCGUGACCGUGACAAGUUUUACUUAUUUUACUCCGAUGUUUGCGGAGGUGCUCGUGAGGUGCUUCGCUAUUAAUACCUGGGGGAAACCCUGCUGAGUCAAUAUUGUGGAACAUUCUUGCCAUGUCUGAAUAUUGUCUUGAGUAAAGUCCUGGGUAUUUGGAUCAUGCUUGGGACUGUUGUAGUGAAGCUGCCACAGAUCUAUAAGCUGUUGAAGGCCGGGAGUGCUGAAGGCCUGAGCUUCAUGUCCGCUGUCCUCGAGCUGUUUGCCAUCACUGGCAGCAUGGUCUACUGCAUCAGCCUCAACUUUCCCAUCGGUGCCUGGGGUGAGACUCUCUUCAUAGUGAUCCAGAAUUUGACCAUUGGAUUCCUCAUCCAGCACUUUGGAGGAAGCACCCUCAGAGGUGUUGGGUUCAUCUUAAUCUACUGCUGCCUGCUGUCUCUUCUCAUCUCCCCUCUGACCCCCAGGUCAGUUGCUAUGGCGAUGCAGUCCUCAUAUAUGCCUGCUGUCAUAAUUUCCCAGCUCAUUCAGUCAGGGACCAACUACCACAACGGCCACACCGGUCAGCUCUCAGCAGUUUCCGUCUUCCUGCUCUUUUUUGGCUCCCUGGCUCGCAUAUACGUCUCUGCACAGGAGACUGGAGACUCUCUGAUGACUCUGACCUGUGUAAUUGCAUCCUGCUGUAAUGCUGUCAUAGCAGGUCAGGUCCUGUGUUACUGGAAUCGUAGGCCCUCUGUUAAAGAGAAGGAUGAGUAGCUGAGGAUAGCCCACUUGCCCAGGCACAGGGACAACAGCUUAUUGUGAUGUCAUUCUGUUGACUAGGAGUACACAGCUCCAGUCCCUGAGAGCUAGUGUGUAUCCUGGUUUUUGUUCCAACCUAUUAUUCUGGCUUCAUUUUCUAUGAUGCUGUACGAACCAGUGCUUGUUCACUGCUAUAUCAGAGCGGGAGUUGCCAUGACAUCCAAAAAUGGCACCCCCGGUAUUGAACCUCUCAGGACCUUCCAGCUUUCCAGUUGGAAUUCCCUUGUGGACUUUGCUUGUUACAGACAUAGUUUUCCUCCGCCUGUCCACACCACAAAAAAGAAACAUUAUUAUUGUGCAUAUUUUUGACUUAGAAGUUUAUGUUACCAGUGAAUUGCUUAACAUAAUUGGCCUUUCCUUUCUAUGCAUUUUUGCAUCUUGCAUUUCAUUUGAAUUGUGCUAAGCUGUUUUUUGAAUGAACAUUGAACUCUGUUAUUGUCCCA